UAACUACAAUUGCUAAAGAUUGUAGAUAUGCAUUACAAAAAUUAGCAUGCAGUGGACCUGUAGUAUUUUCUUUCAUCAAAUGUGAAUGUAUAAGUGAAGACAGAUAAUGGUUAGUCUUUUUUUAGAAAAUGUGUUUGACAGCAGAAGCACUCUGCUGUUCCAUCACGUAAUGAGAAUGAAGAUGUGUGAAAAAGUGGCAAGGAAGUUCUCACUCCUCCUUACUUGACAUUAAUGGCUGACACAAGCUAUAAAUGCCAGCAGCAUAGCAAGCACUGCCAUGGUUACCUGUGUGGAAACCCAGUCAUUAGGGACUGUGACUCCACCCAUCCUUCUCCUCUAUCCUUGGCAUUAAAAACAUGUUUACUCAUGCUGAUGAUGCCAAAUAAUAAGUUAAUAUACUGCCAAAUAAAAAGUAAAAGGGCUACUCUAAAAACUAAAGCAAGGAUUUCUUUAUGAAAAUCAUGUGAACCAAGAGCUUUUUUUUUUUUAAUCUCUACUCUUCUUGUAAUAUGCAGACUUAGUAGCUUGUCAUGUGCCAUACAUCAUAGUAUCAAGUUUUGUGAAUAAUGUAAUAUAUUUACAAGUUGGAAGUUAAUGUAAUUUCAGCACAUUGACAAAUAUAACUGCACACUUUUAUAGUAAUUUUUUAAUUAUCUGCUGGCUGUCCUGAUUUUGUGGUACAUUAGGGACUGAUGGUGCAAUGAGAGGUGGAGAAAGAUCAAGCCACAGAGGAUUUGGUCUUUGAGUGUACUGUGAACAGUGCGUUAGCCUUGUCUCAAAGAGAAACAUGCACAUACAAUGUGGUUACUAAAUAGAUUGACAUUCUGAUCUGUGAAAAAUGAACUGGACACUCUGCCUCUGGGUGGCUACAACCCUGCUGACUCUCUAUAGGGGACAAAGCGCUAUGUAUGAAGGUAGGCCUCUAUGGAGAUUAUACAUUAACAUGCAGUCGAUGUACUGCCACAACAGAGUAUGGUGUUUAUGAGGAUUUACACUUCUUGCUUCACCUGCUAUAGAUUGUUUUCAGCAUUUUAAAUGUCACCAAUGAUAGAAAUGUGUUAUGUUAUGAGUAAAUUUAAAUUAGGGAGCACUGUUAGAGACAAGUCCUAAAUAUAAAAUCUGAGGUCAUUAUACAGCCAGAUAUUAAUUACCAAGGGACCUUAACCAACAAUAAAACUGACAAGAUCUAUUUUAUUCCAGAAAACAGCCUGUCUGCAUCUGGCUACCAUCUCUGUAUCCACAAUGAGACAAGGACUGUGAGUUUCCUGGUGACGCAUAUGGUCCCCUAUACUGAGACACAGCCUUGUGGUUGGCUCCUCUGGAAGACAUGUACUGUCACACUUUACAAGAUGAUUUAUCAAACUGAGUACAAGACAGUGACGGAGCAGGUGACUAGGUGCUGCGACGGUUACGAGCAAGUCGGACGUUACUGUGCCCUGUCUGUAAACAGGCGUGGGGAGUUUAUUGCCAAGCCAGGAUCCUGUCCAACUGCAGAUGGAUUGUAUCCUGAAUCUGAGGUCUGUGAAUGGGACAUGGACUGCCCAGGCUGGCAGAAAUGCUGCCAGGGAUUGGGCCACUCUCUCUGUAGUGAUCCUACAAGCUCAGCAAAUUAUUCUAAGGGCGGAGGAUACCAUUUAAAUGCAACAGUGACAGUAAAGACAGGCUACCAGCAAAUGAUGUCUGAAGAAAAAGGUCUUCUGAAUCACACGAGAUUACUACAGGCAAUGGUGACUGGAGCUCUACAGUCUGAAAACGUUUCAGUCUAUUACCUCAGGUCAUGGGAUGUGCACCCCUAUAGAACUGCUACCUCACUGCUGAUUGACUGCAGCUUUAGUGAUUCACUGUACAGUGUCUCAUCAAAGCUGCACCUUCUUCUCACAAACAUAGAGGAGGUGUCAUCUGUAACUGUGGAAGAUGUAGAUGAGUGUGCAGCAUCUGCUCUUCACUGGUGCUACCCUCUCGCAGACUGUCACAACACAGUGGGCUCCUACCAAUGUAUCUGUCGCCAAGGAUAUACAGAUGCAGACCCCCGCAACCCUGGAACCCACUGUAUAGCAAAUGUCAGCGUGUGGACCACCACAAAGCCCCUGCUGACCUACCUUACACCCAUAAACAUAACUUCCACCCAAGCCUCCAGCACCGCUGCUGGCCUUCCCGGCAACAGGACUGCCUUCAACCACUCCGACGCCAGCAUGACUACAGCUCUGAGUAAUACAGGCUCUGGUCAGACAAACCAGACCUACCAGGUUUUUCUAAACAAGGGGUUGGAGGUCAUUGAUUUUUGGGAAACCAAUCAGACCAUGGUGAAGGUGAGGGGACUGCAGCCUGGGGUGCUCUACAAUGUUACUGUUAUACCUCAUGCCUGUGGAAACCAAGGACCUGGCUUUUGUACACUGGUCAAAACUGAUGCUCACACACUUGAUGCCACAGCUCGACUCACCAACAUCCAGUUUACUGAUGACCUGCGCAACACCAGCAGCGAGACCUACAAAAACCUCAGUGCGAGUAUUAUAGAGGAGAUCUAUCAGUCUCUAUCUCCAGAGAUGAGGGCCAUGGUGGAUUCAGGCCAAGUGAGAAUUGAGAUCACAAGCUUUUCACCUGGCAGUGUGGUGGUCAACUUCACCAUCUCCAGUCAAAGCCAAGACAUCAGCAAUGUGUCCAGCACUCUGCUGCACUCCCUGAUGAACAGCACCAGAUACAUGGUGGAUGGAACAAACAUCACUGAUUUAAAUGAAUGUGCUCCAGGAACAAAUGACUGCUCCCAGUGGGCUACAUGUAAUAACACCUGGGGCUCCUACACAUGUGCUUGUCUGGACGGAUAUACAGACAAGAACCCAGAAAGGCCUGGACGAUUCUGUGAAGCAAUUGUUACCUUGGAGACAAUGUCACCUUCCCUGACACCGAUGAUAUUUUCUACAUUUAGCACGACCCAUUUCUCUCACAUAACACCCCUCACCAGUGAUCCGCCUUUAACCACUGUACCCACUACUCCAGGGAGAACCACAGUCAUUAUAUCAACAAGUGAAAUGGUUUCCACUACAGCUGCAUCUACCACACUGGUUUCAACCACUUCCCCAGUCACAGUUCUUGCAGUUAGUGGAGUCUCAGUGGUUGCCACUGCUCAAACUAUGACCAUGCCUACAACAGCUACUGUCCCUACCACCACUACUAAUCCUACAACCACUUCUACAGACUCUUCUACCAGCACCACUACCCACACUCCAACCACCACAACUCCAAUGACAUCUGUGACUUCUACCCCUCCAGUCACAGUUACCAUCCCCGCUACCACCGCAACAGCUUCUACAACUAAUUUUAUUGCUCCAAGAACUGUCAACAGUGCCUCUGGGGCCAUCUCAGUUCAGUGCAGGACUGCUGUCAUCUUUGUGACAGUUGCCAGGAAUUUUCUUCUGAACACCAAGAUCAGGGAGAGCGCCCUAUAUUUGGGUUUGCAGGAAUGUGGCGUCAAUGGAGGCAAUGACACUCAUGCCCAGCUGACUGCAGGGUGGGAUGAGUGUGACACUAGGCUUGUGCAAAAUGAAACCUACUACACAGCAUCUGUAACCCUGUUCAACACCAUGGAUCCAUACACCUCACCCAAUGGAACAGUGGAGGUACCCAGAAUACAGCUGGAAGUUCCCAUCAUGUGUACCUUCUUGAAGAGCAUGGUUCUCUCUGCUAACUCUGGCUCCUCCGGGUAUGAAACAUUCAAAGAUGCCGUCGAAGGCUCGGGGUCGUUCCAUGUGACAGUGCAGCUGAUGAACGGCACAAUACCGCUACCCCACAACUAUAGUAUGUCCUCUCGGGAGGUCGUGGUGGUGGAGGCCAGCCUGAACACCUCCUCAAAGAAGAUUAAUGUAAUCAUGAACAAGUGCUGGGUUACUCCUACCCCAAACCCUACAGACACCCCCAGCUACACCUUCCUGGAGAACAGCUGUCCUCUGAACUCAUACACUGAAGUGUUGAUGAAUGGGAACUCCAGCAAAUCUCGUGUGUCUGUGCAGAUAUUCGCCUUCGUCAACCUGGAUAUGAUUUACGUGCACUGUCAGGUUCACAUCUGUUUAGAGAGUGGGUUGGACACCUGUGUGCCUACCUGUCGGCAAAGAAGUGCUCGGGCUUCAAACAGAAUUGGAACAGCUAUUGGUACUUCUGGACCUGUAUUCAAAGCAAAUGAUGACGAAAAUCUGGAUCAGGGGUUAAAUUAUCUACAAAUAGUUGGCUUUGCCUGUCUUGGAGUAGGUCUGUCGAUCUUCUUCAUAGUUGGUUUUGUCUGCCUCUACUACCAGAGGAACCGCAUUGGACACUACAACUUCAAUAUCAACCCCAAGCAGGAGAACUUCACUUACCUUGUCUUUAAUGCCUAGGGCUGCAGCAGCACCCUCAACUACAAUCACAGAACUGGAAAAAUUAAGCAUUUCUUGCAACAGCAGAUUAAUAGUAGUCUAUUAACGUACAGCUACCACUAGGUGUCACUGUUUCACCGUUCACAUACUAGUUCUCACCAUUCAAAAAACUGGCUGUUUACUUUCCAGCUGCCCCCUCCACAUGUAUUUAAGUUAUUAAAAUGACACUGUAGUUGUGUACUGCAAGGUCAU